UCUUUUUGUUUCUCCACCAGAUUGCUUCUUGGACUUCCACAAAAACUCAAGCAGUGGCGGCAAUGAGCCUGUGCAGCAGGAAGGCCCUGACUCUGCUGAGCAGUGUGUUUGCACUCUGCAGUCUUGGGUUGCUGGGAGUUGGAGUCAGCACAGAUUAUUGGCUGUACCUGGAGGAAGGUGUCAUUUUGCCUCUCAAUCAGACGGCAGACAUCAGGUCGUCGCUGCACUUGGGACUCUGGAGAAUCUGCUUCCUGGUCGGUGAAGAGUCCGGUCGCUGUUUUUCCAUCGAGUACGUCAUGCCCAUGAACGGCCAGUUGAGCUCAGAAUCCACAGUCAGUGUGUUCAAGAUGAUCCGAUCUUCCACCCCGUUCCCUCUGGUCAGCUUGUUCUUCCUGUUCAUCGGUUUUAUCCUGAACAACAUCGGACAUGUGCGACCACAUCGCACCAUCCUGGCCUUCGUCUCUGGAAUCUUCUUCAUCCUGUCAGGGCUGGCUCUGGUAGUGGGCCUGGUUCUCUACAUCUCCAGUAUAAAUGACGAAAUGCUCAACAGGACGAAGAGCAGUGACACUUAUUUAACCUAUAAGAACGGCUGGUCAUUUGCCUUCGCUGCAAUCUCCUUCCUGCUGACCGAGAGUGCCGGCGUCAUGUCUGUCUACCUGUUCACGAAACGCUACACCGCAGAGGACCUGUAUCAGCCUCGACAUCCCGGCUUCUACAGGCCUCGUCUCAGUAACUGCUCCGACCACUCGAGCCAGUUCCUCCACCCGGAGGCAUGGUCACGCCGGCGAAGUCCCUCCGACAUCUCCAGUGAAGCUUCGCUACAGAUGAGCGCAAGUUAUCCUGCACUACUCAAAUGCCCCGCGUAUGACCGGGUCUCCUCCUCACCCUGCUGAGGGCACCGGCCAUCACAAAGGUCAGCAAGAGGUCAAAGCACUGCGACAAAGAGCCAAGUGAGGAGGAGACCUCAGCUUUCUCUGUUAGAAU